AACUCACUUAUAAUGUUCACUGAUUUUGUUGUUCUCAUGGAUAAUGGAAGACAAAUUUGUGUCUUCAAGUCUUUCUACCACUCACUUGCGUGUAAAAACUAAACUGAAACGCGAUCUAUGGGAUGACUACUUGUGUUCAAACUUCAACCGCACCGAAUCAUGGUAUCGAGCAGAAAUUGAUAAAUUACGCUCAGAAAUAUCUGAAUUGGAAGCCGAGCUAAACGAGGACAAGCAGUCGUUUUCAACUGUACAUUUACUCCAGACUCUUGACAAGUUGACUGAAAACUUACCACACGACAAAAAGGCUUUGUUAGAUGGAAAAGAUAUUCAUGGUAAACUGCAUGAUGAUGGCCAUAUCGAUAUCGAACGUCUAGAAAAGUUUACAGGCUUGUAUAUUCAUGAUAUAAUCAUCCAAGUUGAGAAAGAUGAUGGGGUUAAAUGUAUUAGAAAACAUCAAAUACAAGGGGCUUGUCGUGGAAUUGAAUUUCAAAUGAAAUUCUCGGUAGAAGAGGUCACUCAGCAAGAUAGUCAAAGUCAGUCAGAGGUCAUUUAUGGCAGUUGAUAGUUUCUAAUUUGUUUAUGCAAACAAAUGCAACACUGAUAAUUUAGUCUCAAAAGAUCAUCUGACUUCCAGGUUAAUAUACAACUAAGUUGUUCGCUCUGGUCUGAGAUUAUAUCACAACAAUGAAAAUAAUUGGUAUUUAUGAAGUUUGUUAACUGACUUGUGUCCUUAUUUUUUAUCACGUAACUGGUCUUGUUUGUCAAGUACCUGACUUUUUACCAUACCUAUGGUAUAAUAUACAAACCAUCUCAGUA